AGCACAGUCGUAGAUUGUUGCACAGGCAGACUAACUAAGAGCCUGAUCACAGCUAGUAGACUAUGCAGAGAGCGUACAUCUGAAGCAGGUUCAGGAUGAGGUAUUCCCUGCACUCCCUUUGGAGAGCCAAUUUGCUCCUCUGUCUGGCUCUACUUGUGCAUCAUGGUGAAGCCAGAGUGCUCACUGAGGCACAGACUGGGCCUCUGUAUCGUGUUGUGGGCUCUUCACUCUCCAUCUCCUGCAGGGUGAGUGGCUUCACCAGCGAAACCGCCACACAACAAUUUGAAUAUCGUGUUACGAAGCCUGCAAAGCCAACAUUUGAGGUCAACAUCAUCAGCACCAGGGACCCAGAUUUUGGUUAUGCCAGUUAUCAAGGCCGUGUGAUGAACAGUGAAAUUGCUCUGGAACGUGUAUCUCCAACCUCAGUCCAGUUUGAGAUAAAAAGCCUGCAGAAAGAUGAUGAAGGAGAAUAUGACUGCACUGUAGUCAACUCAGAGUUUCUCUAUAAUGGAGUCUACAGUGUAAAAACAGCUGUUAAAGUGAUUGACAACUCCCUGAGCGUUUCUUCACCUGACUCCACCUCACUGAGCUUCAACGAGGGGGAAGCUCUCACUCUAACAUGCCAAGCCUCCAGUAACACCAUCCAGCACACCCAUCUGUCUUUUUCCUGGUACCUCCGCAAAGACGGGGAGGAAAAAGCUCAACCUAUCAUUUCUCUGAACAAAGACUUCACACUGAAGCCAGGGCAACCGUUUGAAGGGCGUUACCAAGCAGGACUCAUAAGCUUAGAUAAAUUGGGAGAGACCACGUACAGGCUAAAGAUGGCCCAGCUUGAGGUGUCAGACCAAGGUAAGAUCUACUGCCAGGCUCAGGAGUGGAUCCAAGACCCUGAUCGCUCCUGGUACCCCAUCGCACAGAAGGAAGCAGAGGAAAUUACCCUGAAAGUCAAAGCCAGAGAGGUGGUGCCAGACACGACAUCUCUGGUGGUGAGAAUGUCGGCCCAGCCGACAACUCUGCAGGAGGGGCAGGAGCUGAUGCUUUCCUGCAACAUAGACACACAGAACCUGGAGGAAAGGUUCUUCUCUGUUGCCUUUCUGCGGGGAAGCGUUGAGUUGGCCCGCAUCGGCCCUACAGGUGUUCUGUCCGUGGGCUCGGAGUACAGUGGAAGGGAGAAAGAUGGAGAGCUCAGAGCCACUCGGAUUGGGAACAGAGAUUACCGUCUCAUCCUGCAGCCUGUCAGAACCGACGACCAGGGGGAGUAUAUUUGUAGAGCAUGGCCUCAGAACAGAGGCCAGGGUGGUGCGUUUACACAGGGAGCAGCCCAGGACUCCACCUCCCUGCUGGUCAGCAUCUCAGCCACAGAAAGUGGGCUCUCAGUCAAAAUGCAAGGCGCUGCAAGUGUAACCGAAGGGGACACGCUGAGGCUCUCCUGCAAAGUGGACGGGGUUAACGGUCGGCUGUCUGCCACCUGGCAACACAAAUCAUCAUCCACACCGUCGGCGCCGUUCACCAAUCUCAUCAGUCUAAGUCAGGAGGGUGUUGUGGAGAAAGCGGCUGGGUUCAUGAGUCGCAAAGUAAUCGCGGUACGUCCAGCAGCCGACAACUUCAUCUUGGAGCUUGCUGAGGUCACACCCUCUGAUUCAGGUGUCUACCAGUGUGCUGUGUCUGAAUGGAACACCAAUAGCAAGACUUACAGCCAGUCACAAAGUGCCUCUGUGACAGUGACCCCUCUAGACUCACUGGUGAAAGUGUUUCUGAUAAGUCGGAACAGCAAAGUGACCGUAGGAGAAAAUGUGGACUUGAUGUGCCGAGUCAAAGGGCCACGUAUGCCAAUAACGCUGACUUGGAGCCUGCAACGUGAUGCCUCCAGUGUUGAUAACAUCCUGACGCUAUACUCCGAUGGUACCAUCAGCUGGUUUGGAAACCAGCACCGCUACCAACUGAAAGUACAAAACGGACAAACAAAUGAGGUUGUUCACUAUCUACAAAUCAUUGGUGCCAGCCACAGGGAGGCAGGGAGCUACCAGUGUAUGGUAUCUCAGUUCGUAGAAAAUGUGCACAAGAAGCUGCGUACAUCCAAUCAGCUUGCUGUGAUGGUGCAGAACCCAGAGAGCAAGCUUGAUCUGUCCUCAAGCCCCACCUUGACUGGAAAUAUCAACACUGACAUAGAAAUUAAAUGCUCAGUUGUCACAGAAUCCUCUGCGUCUUCUCGCUAUUCUGUCACCUGGCUGCUCCAGCAAGAAGCAGAAAAUAAGACCAUUGUGAGUUCGGACAGGAAUGCCUUAGUAACGUUUGGGCCCACGGUGGAGCUGAGCCACAGACAGCGGAUCAGCAUGAGGCGCUCUAACGGGCCUAGCUUUGAGAUCAAUAUUCGCCAGGCUGGGAUCUCAGACAAAGGUUCAUACAUAUGUGAGGUGGUGGAGUGGCUACAAGAUCCUCAUGGUGAUUGGUAUCAGAUCUCCAAAGUGUCCAGAACUACAAAGCUAACAGUUACCGAGCCUGCCAACGACCUUCGUCUAGAUAAGAACGAGCAGCUGCUGGUUGCCAAGGAAGGAGAUGAAGUAGAGCUCAAAUGUAACAUCUCAGGUGCAUCCAGUGCCUCCUUCUUCUACAAAGUCACUUGGUUCUACACAGUACACAGUUCUGUCAUGAAUGCCUCUCUGGUCGAGCUGGACCACACAGGCCUGCUGAGUUACCCAGAAAACCAAGCGCUCAGAGACCUGCAGGAGCGGCUUCGUCUCUUCAGACCCACUCAGAGCAGCUUCUACCUGAGAAUUCAGAAGGCACAUGAAGAGGACAGUGGGGCCUACUGGUGCCAGGUGGAGCAAUACCAGCUGGACGAUGAAGGUCGCUGGCAGCAGAAGGCCUCAGACAGUGCUGGCCCCAUCACACUGAGUGUAAAUGCUGCAGAGAAAAGUCUGUCCAUCGUAAAGAAAGAAGAGGAGUUCAACCUAAGCAGAUUUGACGACAUCACCAUCCCUUGUCAAAUCUCCAAACAAUCCAGCAACGAAUCCAGAUUCCAGGUCACGUGGUUUUGGCAGAAAGAAACAGAAACGAAACAACACCCCAUAUUCACAGCUUACCGAAACUCUACCCUACAAGACAGGUUUGGGAAGGAUGUUCAGUUAAGAUUUAGCCACCCUUUACCCGGCCAGUUCAGCCUUACAGUGCUGAAGCCUGGUCCUGAAAAUAGUGGCCUAUAUUUCUGUGAAGUAGAGGAGUGGCUGCCAUCACUAAGCAAUGGGUGGAGAAAGAUUGCAGUGGAAAGGUCAGGGAACUUGACUGUCAGCAUCAGUGCAGAAGGGAAGGGUGAAGCCCGGUACGAAUCAGGAUGCGAUUCUAUUACCUGGAUAGUGAUUACAGUAGUUAUUAUCAUCAUCUCACUGUUGGUCAUAAUGAUACUGGUGCUGAUGAUACGCAGGAGUAAUGUCUCAGGAGGAAAGAAGGCUGGAGAGUCUCUCUGGGUUGAACAGCCUCUGAAAACCAAACCGAGUGAAGAAGACUGAAAGUCUGACUUGAAGGAGCGGAGAGGAACUUGAGCUCCUACUGUAUUUUUUACAUGUCAUGGAAUUUAUGAAAACAUGUUUUAGAAUUUAAAACGUUGUGCUGUAUAUUAUUUUUUAGUCAAUAACUCUUUUGUUAAUGAUUCUUUUUCAUAAUGUUCCAUAAAAUUAAUAGCUCAAAUGUCUUACUUUGUGUGAAGCUGGGAAUGGUUUCCCCCCAUGAAUUACUGAAAUUCAUUACAACUUGAAAUUAAACAGGCACUUUUCAUUUUGCAGCUAAAACUUCUUUGCAUAAUCGCCAGCUUUUCACCGCCUGCAAUGGACAGCUGAGCUAGGCAGCAGAUCAACAUUGUGGCUUUACACCUACAAAGAAACAUAGUCUUAUUACUGACAGAUUCCUUUUCAUGUAGCAACAUACUGAGCAGCUGGAUACUAUGUCUUUGACAGGAAGAAGUCAAAGCGUAGCGUGUCUGUGGGAGCAGUUAAGUCAGAAAUGUGGUAAGAUUUCGACCUUGUCUCUAUAAGACAGUUGCGAAUCAAACAGGAAGUGUGCUGCGGUUCUGCAUAGGACAGCUGCUACUGCAGUCUGCAAAUCUGCUGAAUUGUGCUUGUGACAUUUGUACAGGCAAUACAGUCAUUUUGUUGGUAAAAAAAAAAAAAGAAAGAAAAAAGGAUGCAUUCAUGUAGUGGCAUUUACAAUCUGUUAAUGCAAACAUUAUUUUUUGCUGUCAUGACAUAACUGUAUUGCUAAAGCUCACACAACGUUCUUGACCAUGACCACACUUCUCAUUUUAAUUACACAUGAGACAUGGAAGAUGUUUGUGUAUUAGUGUGCUUCAGGGACUGUGUGUUUAGUGGACAGAAAGUUCACAUGUAAUACAACUCUGGAAUUGUUUUCUUUGCCGUGGCUCCAGCAUAUUUGAUUUGAAAUGAAACAAUAACUAUCAAAUUGAGUGUCAUGACUGUUCACAUACACAGUGACUGAACAAUGCACGUACUGAAGUGUUUUUACAUCCUGAAGACCAGACUGAAGGUCUUCAGGAUUUAGAAACUAAAGGCAAAAACUUGACAAAUCAUCACCUGCAAAGAUAUUAAAUAUCUGCUAAUAUCUGUGAGUUGUACACAUCCAUCAGUCAUUGCUUGUGAAUGAUUUGCAGCCAUUUUAAUUAUUGAUAGUAAUUAUACUCCUGUAUAAUUUUGGUCACUUUAAAUCGUGGGAAUGUGCACAGCUAUGAUCCCUAUUUGGUUGGCCUCAUGUUGAUGUGAGCACCUUCAAAGUAAAGAUUACGAUCAGCACUUUAACUUGAUCGUCCAGUGGGCCAAAAAUAAAAAUGUGUCUCUGUCCAAACAAAAACAGACUGUACUGUAUAUAUUUGAGAAUAAAUGCAAACAAGAGUCUGAA